UUACGGCGGAACAGUGGGUGCGUACAAACCGAUUCUGAGCCAGCACUGAAAGAAAGUGUCGUUCAGGAAGUCAGAGUCGUUACUGCGACGAGCAAAACUUGUAGACUUAAAUCGUACAUUUACAGUAAAAACUAUAUUUGAAGACGUCGGGCUUCACUGUUUUCUAACCAUUUUACCAGCUAGCUUCUAGCGAUGGACAAACUUCGCCGUGUGCUAAGCGGCCAAGAGGAAAAUGAAGAAUUGGGUCUCACUGCACAGGUCCUUGAUGCCACCACUCUCAGCUACAGUACCAGGGUGAAGUGGUUCGUCAUAUGCUUUGCUGGAGGCAUCCUGUGUUCAAUACUUGGGUCAGCAUUAUUGUUCAUUCCGCAUACUGGAAUCAAGCUUUUUGCCAUCUUCUACACACUAGGGAAUAUCGCAGCUCUUGCCAGCACCUGCUUCCUAAUGGGACCACUAAAACAGCUGAAGCGCAUGUUUGAACCAACAAGACUGAUAGCCACCAUUGUUAUGCCUGGUAAAUACUUUCUCUGCCUUAUCUUAACACUUUGUGCAGUGUUUUGGUGGCAUAAAAAGGGACUGGCUAUCAUCUUCUGUAUUCUGCAGUUUUUGGCAAUGACAUGGUAUAGCAUCUCUUACAUUCCAUUUGCCAGGGAUGCUGUGAUGAAAUGCUUCACAACCUGUUUGAGUUAGGGCUUUGGAGUCCACAAUUUCAUGUGAAGACUGGUCCUAAUAUGCAAACUGCAAGAACAGUGUCUCUGUAAAAUAUAAAUCUAUGUUGUUUAUGCACUAUAUCUCCAAAUUUCUACUGUCGCUGUUUCAUACUGUGAAGCUUUUUAGGGCUAGCUUAAGUUUUAUAACAAUAAUCACAUUAUAACGCUUAUCUAUCUUUUGCUUUGGAUGUGAGAGUGCCUUUAAUGCAUAUAAUAUAUUUAAGGAUAUUCCUAUAUUUUCUGAGAAUUUUAUACCAUUUGAAUGCAGGGAAAUGAUUUUGACUUUGCUUUACAUUUUAAUUUACAACACAAGUGCUUUAACAUUGUAUAUACACAUAAAUAUAUGAAGAGAUGUGUUGACAUAUUGACCUACCAUACAUAUUUACAUCUUUAACAGUGUGAAAUUUGGUUUUCUUCUGGAUUUAUAAAUGGUUUUCUGACUUCCAACACACAAACAUUAUUAAAAGACACUCAUUGCC